AUGUUUCCUGGGCGUCAUCCUGUAAGUAACGGAAAUAUGCCUCCCAACAAUUUUCAAGUACCUAAUCCUGGUGGAUUUAAAUCAUCAAUACCUGAUUAUUUAGAUAGAAUUAAGGAAGAAUUCAAUCAAAUGAAUAAUCAACUUCAACAAUUAAGAGUUGAAUUAGAUAAAGUAUCACAGGAAAAAGAUACACUUCAGCGACAUUAUAUGAUGUAUUUUGAAAUGUCUACUAAUGUUAGUAUGGAAAUGCAUAAACAAAUGGAAAUUAAUAAAAGACUUAGUGCAAUUUUGAAUUCCGUAAUACCAUUAUUGCCUGCUGAUCAUCAAUCAUCUGCUUUGACAGCUAGUGAAAGAGCCAAACAAAUAUCUGCUUCAGAAAUCCAACAAAUAAUGAAUAGUACAUUACAUCAACAACAAAUGGGAAUGAUGGGAAAUAUGGGAAUGUUAGGUAAUCCUGCUGCUAUUGCUGCAAUGGCGGCAAGUGGUCCUGGUGGUAUGAAUCAAGCUGCCAUGGCUGCAUAUGCAGCUGCUGCUGCUGCAAAUAUGAAUCCUGCUCUUAAUAUGAAUUUAUUAAAACAAUCAAUGUCUCCUGCUAUUACAACACCUAAUAAUUUAUCAUCUCUUGGUAACAAUGAAACUAGAUCACAAUCAAGAACAAAAUCAAAAUCACCAUCAAUGGAACCUUCAUCAUCAAAGAAACAACGCCUCGAGGAUAGUGAGGGUGAUUUAGAAAUAGAUGUAUCAAAUGAUGAUAAUAGUAAUCCACAAAGUGGUUUAAAUUCAUCAAAUGGAAUUAAGCAGGAAGGUCGUGAAUCAGUUCACUCAAAUCUUAGUUCAGAUUCAAAAAAUGCUUUGAAACAAUUUAAUGCUAAUAAUACAGCAACAACUGAUAUGGAUGCUAUGGCUUCACAAUUACUCUCAAAUCCUAAUUUAGCAUCAUUUGCCGCUGGAAGGUCAAAUAUUAAUAUUCUUGAUCCUACUCUUCAAGCACAUAUGAUGGCAUUAACUGGAAGAGGCCCAAAUGUUAAACCAUCAUAUAGUUUCAAGACAGAUUCUAAUGGUUCAUAUCAACCAGUUAACUUUCCUUCAGAUGCAUUUACAGGUCCCGGUAUUCCAUCAACUUUCACAGUUGCUCAUACUUUAAAUCAUGGUGAGGUGGUUUGUGCUGUGACAAUUGACAAUCAAAAUAAAAAUGUUUACACUGGUGGUAAAGGAUGUGUCAAAAUUUGGGAUAUUACAACAAAAACAGAUGGUGUUAAAUCACCAUUACAUACAUUAGACUGUUUAAAAGAUAAUUAUAUUAGGUCUUGUAAACUAUUUUCAGACGGUAGUACUUUAAUUGUUGGUGGAGAAGCAAGUAAAAUAACUAUUUGGGAUUUAGAGGCUCAAAAAAUAAAAUGUGAAUUAGAUAGUAAUAGUCAAGCUUGUUAUGCUUUAGCUAUUUCCAAAGAUAACAAAUAUUGUUAUUCAUGUAAUGCUGAUGGAAAAAUACAUGUAUGGAAUAUUGAUUCACAAGAACUUAUUGCAACUUUACCUGGCCAUCAAGAAGGAGCAUCAUGUGUAGAUUUAUCUUUUGAUGGAUAUACUCUCUGGACUGGUGGUUUAGAUAGUACUGUUAAAUCAUGGGAUUUAAGGGAAAAUUCACAAUUAGAAUUAUUUGAAUUUGGUCAUCAAAUAUUUUCACUUGGUUGUUCACCUACAGAUGAUUGGGUUGCUGUAGGAAUGGAAAAUUCAACAAUUGAAGUUUUAAAUCAUGUUAAUAGAUCUAAAUAUACACUUCAUAUGCAUGAUAGUUGUGUAUUGUCAUUAAAAUUUGCCAGUACAGGAAAAUACUUUAUAUCAACAGGAAAAGACAAUGUAUUAAAUUGUUGGAGAGCUCCAUAUGGUGCAAACAUAUUUCAAUUAAAAGAAAAUAGUAGUGUGUUAUCAUGUGAUAUUUCAGCAGAUGACAAGUAUGUUGUAACAGGAUCAGGAGAAAAGAAAGCUACAGUAUAUGAAGUAAAUUAUAAUAAACUUGAGAAGUGA